GUUCUAGAAACUAUCGGCGUUGAGCCAGAAUUCUGGAACAUCUUUCCUGAGACUUCGAUGCUCGAUGGCAGAGACUUUGAAGAUCUCAGCUUCAAACAGAGAGUCUGGUUACUGAAAACAGUCUGUGAUACAAUCAUGCAUACUAGAAAAACAGUUCAGGAAGACAUGAUGAACCAAUCGUGGCAGGACCAAUUUGAAACGGUUUUAGGAAUCGAUCGCAAUGGGACGAGAUACAUAUACUUUCCUCAAUUUAUGCCAAACGAUUUCAGAAUUUACAGGCAUUCCCUGGACAAUAAGAUCUUAUCGACUGUCAGGCCUGUUAGGCAAGAGCGAGAAUCGGAAAGGAACAAAUUUAUGAAAUACAGAAAAAGAAAGUUGCAAAUACGCAAUAGCUUAUCCGAUCGCAGAUCGAACAAGCAUGAGAACAGAAAUGAUGAUAAAGAUCUUAGUAACAACGACAGUACCACAGGCUCGUUUAUCAGUGAAGACACGAAUUUGAGUAGUACGAGCACAUGCAGUAAUAACAACAACAUAAGCCUGGACGUCAUAAACAGGAAGCAUCGUAGAAGUUUAUCGAAAAUGUCCGAGGAAAGUUUACAGUCAAACGCGAGAUCCAGCGGCUACGAUACCAAUACGUCCAGCGAUAACAAAUUUAUCGAUGACGAAUCAUCGCAGAUGUUCAAAGGUUUUAUCAAUACUCCGAAUGAAAAUUGCAAUAUAGAGAUAAUUAAUGAAAUGUUAGAUGACUUGAAGACGGAAAUCGACGAAGAGAAGAGAAUCAAUGGAAGCAGUAGCAGUAGUGAAUUAGCGUCGCAAGAAGACUUUGUAGAAUAUAAAAGUACUGCAGUAUUCCGUAGUGAGACAGUAGUUGAAAAAGAUGAGAACGAAAGAUUGAGCGAUAACUUGUCCAAUAGUUCAAAGACGGAUGAUGAGAAACUGAAUGAGAUAAUUAAUGCCGAGAGUUUAAAGUUACCUGAAGAUGUGUAUUCCAAAAGUAUUUCUGCUAGUGAUAAUGUAAGUGAUAUUUCAACAUUAACGUCCAAAUCGGAUGACGAGAAACUAAAUGAAACGAAAGCUAGUAAUAGUAGCAUUAGCAUAAAUGAAAACAAUUUAAAUAAAGUAAUUUUUAAUAAGUUGUUUGGUACAUCUUCCUCUAUCAAUAAUGUAUCGUUAGAUGAAGAAGUGUCUAGAGAGAAUUGCAGUGUCCCAGAAAUGCAGUCAGUGAUAGAAGCAGAAUUGAAUGACCCGAGUGAAAAAAAUCUGAGAACAGGAAUGAAAUUGCGAUCUCAAAAAGUAGUGAAACAAUACGAUCAAAAAAAUAAAACUGAAGCGACGAAAGUUGAAAUAAAAGAGAAGCAGGAAUUAAAAGACGUUCAAGUGGAUGAGACGGAAGAGGAAAAUUUCUCCAUAAGCGAAAUGAGAUUACAAACAAACAUGGAAUACGAUUUGGACGAUUAUAUAAACAAUACUGAUGUCGAUUAUAAUUUACAAAGAUCUAAAAGUCCAAAGACCGACGAGUGUAAGCAACGUUUCAACAAGAUGCUGUCCGAUCUCAGCGUUUCCGACUUUAACCUUGUAGCCGAUAGUGUGGAAGGUUUAAGGGAUCUCGUUGCUCUUUUUACAGCAAAUAAUUCGGAAAGCAAGAAUUCUAAUAAUGCAGAAAUCGUUCCUUUGUGUGAGGUAAAAUUAGUAAAGAAAAUGACUGAGUUGUUAAACUCUUUAGAACCUGCGGAGACAACGAUAAAGGACGCAAUGCGGAAAGCAAAGGCAAAACUUCAAAGGGAAUGGACUAAUUUUAAAGAAGGCAGUGUGGAGGAUCAGGACUCAUCCGGUGAGGGUGGUCUCAGCUCUAAUUGGUGGGUUCUUGGAUCGCAGGGCAAGGAUCCACUCUCAGCCACCCCCGGAGAUGCAACGUUACAAACGUUAUCGCAGUCUGCCUUAUCCCCACUUGGCACCCAAAACGCCCAAAAACAGUCGCGACAAGUCGACGAAAGCGAGCACGAAGGUGCAAUUAAAGAUCCCGAGCAAAAUCACCACGAGAGCCGGGAAGCGAGUGACGAGCGGCGAAACGAAGGUGACAAGAAACAGUCAGAUGUCGAGGCAGCGUCAGGAGAAAACCAAGUCGCGGAAGAGAGAGAAAGACACGGGGAAAGUGAGAGCGCAUCAAACGACGAAGAUGCAAAGCGGGAAACGCAGCACAGUAGACGAGUACUACGAGCGCGCGGUAUCUCUUCGUACACAGAACAGCUUUACUCAGACGACGAGAGCGACGAGAACGAGCUGGAGGAAUGGACCGACGUUGAGGCAGUGUACGCGGCUCCCAGCACACAGACCAAUACACCCGCUUCUCACGUUGAUACGAAAGACCGAAACUCUAGCAACUGGUCGGAAGAGGAGGACUCAGACCAGGAUUGGAUUCUACCGAGCUCUCGCAAAAGGAAAAAUAAACGUUCGUCUACCAAUCGAAGGUUAAAACGAAGAGUAUCACAAACACCCAGCGCGGAGAAUAGCGGACAAAAGGUCACGUCCCUGAUCAUGCUGAGUGAUAGCGACGACGAGAUAGAAAUGAUCGUCAUGGAGAAAACUCCCACCACUUCCGCAGAGAAAGCAACUCCAGCCAACAGAGCUAGAUUGUCGGAAUCUCAGAGAGCUGCUAAUCAAUCUAGGCAAAAGCCUACGAUCACUUCGGACAUCACUGUCCCGUCGACAAAGGGCAUUCUCUCGCCACAGAUUAUUCAGCGAAUGAGCCAAGGCGGUAUAUCCAUCACGCCGGUGAAGAAUAAUCCGCCGUCGACGACGAACGCCAACACGCAGCUGGUGGUCGUCGUAAACGAAACUGGAAGUCACUACGCCUUGGCACUACCCAACGGUAGCAAACUGAUACUCACUCCGGAGCAGGUGGCGCAGAUCAGGGCUUCGAACGGCGGGAAACUGAUCUUGUAGAUCCCGUAAAUAUGACAAUUAUCCCGAAUUGCAUAAACCGUGCGUGUCCUUGCUUCGUGUCCUAAUUUUUCGCAAUCGACAGCAUGUAAAUGUGAUACGCGCGAUCCAAUAAGUUUUAUUUUUACAUCUGCCGGUUUAGUCGUUAGUUAGAUCGUAAAAAAACAGAGAAAUUUAUCGUCAGGUGCGUCUCGUACGCCUGAUACAUCUUAUACAAUCGUAGACGUUUAAAGAGAAUAAUUUAAAUAUUUUAUUUUCUUUCUUUUAGAACACAUCUUCCGUUGCAUAAUAUACAGAGAAAACAUUUUUUUUAUUACUUUUUAAUUUCAAUUAGUUUUUCUCGCAAUGUAUAGUUUAUGCAGUCUACGUUGAUUUCAAAUAUAGUACAAUAUGAAAUAUGAAUAAUAGGUUCAGAGAGUAAAAGAUUUUCUAACAGUUCUUCAUACCUCUUUCGUUAAUUAAUGUUCACAUAUGUAUAAUGAUCCAUGUUAAAAUCUUUGCCAAUAUAAUCGUGUUUAUAAAUGGCCAAAAUUAGUGCGAAGCAUUGUUAUAACAUUUGUAAAAAUGGUUUUUAAUUCUGUUUAUGUAAUAAACAAUAUUAUGAAUUAUAAAUACUUCAUCAAGUAACAAACGAAAUAAAAUUUAAAUUAAAUAUAGAUUCAUACCUGAUACUUCAAGUUUCUGUUAUAAUGUGAACAGAGAUAAAGUAAUUAAACCGAGUACACACUAACAUUUAAAGUUUUAUGUGAUAAAUUUCCUAUAAAAACAAGGUACUAUUCACUUGGUAACGCGCAAGAUAAUAUGACUUUUGCAUGUAGAACAAGUUAUUCAAAAUUAGCGAUUUUAUGCAUCGAGUUAAAAAUUAUAAUUCUUUGUGUAUAUUUCCAAUUAUGUCAAUACCAAACAUUUAAUAAUUUUAAAGAAGGCAAUUAGAUUUUAUCUGAGAUAUCUAAUUCAAGUUUUUUAUAAUUAGCCUUCACAAAUUCUGCAUAUUUCUGUAAUUAAAUGCCGCGACAUAAAUGCAUCCAAAUUACAUUGGAAUUUUUUGAAUAUCCUCUG